CUUCAUUGUUUGUCGGAAGGGAGACGGCGGUAAUGGCAGAACCGACCGAUUCUAGUUUGGUAUUUUUCACCAAAGCGACGCCCGAACAGUGGAAUUAUGUGUUGUCUCUGUAUAAAGACGUACUGAAAGCCAAGGCAUCGACUAGGACUAAAAAAGGAGGACCCGAAGAACUGGUCCGUCUCGACACUUGGUAUCAAGAACAAUUACCCAAAAUAAUUCACUCAAGAAAAGAGCCUCACAUAACUCACGAAGAGCUUAUUCAGAUCAUUAAAUGGAAAUUGAUUAGAGGAAAGUUUCGACCUCGUCUUAUAGAUUUAGUACGAAUUAACACGGAAUCUUCAGUCUUUCAGAUCAGUAAAAAAGCUUUCAGGAGAAUACCAAAAAUAUCUAGUGCCAUCAAUGCACUGACUUCACUUAAAGGCAUUGGACCCGCAUCCGCUUCUGCAAUUUUAGCUGCAGCAUAUCCAGAGCACGUACCUUACAUGGCCGAUGAGAGCAUGUUGUCGACCCCUGGUGUUGAGGGAACUGAUUACACGUUAUCGGAAUAUUUAAAUUAUUACGAGAAAAUUAAAGUCUGCACUAAUCGUCUUAAUAGCUUAGAUUCUGAGAGAAGGUGGAAUCCUCAUAAAGUGGAAUUGGCUCUUUGGACGCAUUACUUAGCCCGGGAAUUGAAGGCGUCCCUUCUGGAUAAUAUGCCAAAGUCAAAGGUGGAAAAAGAACCUGAACUGCCCAAUGGUAACGAAGAUGGUCAUGCGAGUGAGAAAAAAGAUGAUGCCUCGAAUGAAGAGGAGAAGUCGGCAGACGAGCUCGUCGACAAUACAAAGACGAGUCACUCCGAUAAAGAAGAGAAUCAAGAUAACACCGAUAGGAGUUCAAUCACUCCGAAGAGCACUGCCAAUGACACAGACCAAGAAAACGAAGAACCCGAAAGCAAGAGGGCCAGAAUCGAAGAUUUGGCACAGUGACCUGAAAAUAAUUUGUUUUUACACCAGAUGAAUGAAGGUCUGUGUACACACACAUUUACAGAACCUCGAGCUAUUUUUCUAUCGUUCAUCGGUCAUCAUUCAUAUCCUUGUUACUAGUUGUGUCAGUUCUCAUUUGAUACCCGACACAAAUCGAAAAAUUAUCAGACCAAAGGGUAGCGGAUGGCAAAGUGCUUACAAACAAUCACAUAGUUUAAUUUUAUACGCGUUUACGUUGUUGUAUGUUUAAAAUCAGGGCUAAGUAUAACAUUUUAUAGGGGGUAUGGACCCUUUUGUGACUUAAGAAGUUCUUUUUAUGCAGGAUAUUAGGGAACAGGGUUUAUUUUUGAAAGCAUUUGAUUAGAUUCCAUACUUUUUUUAAUAUAUAUAUUACAUAUAAAGCAAAAACAAUUAAUAAAUACAUUGCCACCAUCAUUAUUACUCGUCAGUACGAUUCAUUUAUAACAAACACAUUCCUGAUUUUGACUGAUUUAUUUGUUAGUAUCAUUAUUCUUGAUGUGAUGUAUCUUGUACAAUGGAUGUGAACUAUGCCUUACAAUUAAUGGUUUGUGGAAUUUUAUUUUAUUUUUUUGUAAAUUUCAGAUAGCAAAACUUUCAUUAUCACCUUUUAUCACACUAAAUUGAUUUUUAAAUCUUAGCUAAAAAUAAUAAUGAUCAACAGCAAUGAAUUCAAGUUUAACACUUAUCAAGAUUGUAAAUUUUAAUUUGAAAAUUCAAUUUUUACCUUCUGUUUGUAUGGACUCUGAGAUGUUUUUGUGG